AUGUCAGUCAUUACUGAUGCCGCGGAGGUCUCAAAAGCUGCGUCGGGGGCGGAAGGACAUGAAAAGUCCCAAUUACUUGCUCAUACGACUGUCCCGCUUCCCACUGCCCCUCCCGCACCUCAAAUUUUCUGCCACAAAGAACGCCGACGACUUAUUCGCAACCUUAACUUUAACGCCAAAAUUUGGAUGCAGUAUGCUACUGUUUAUUGCCUACGUGGCAUCAACAUUGGUGAGCUGGCGGCACGACCAAAGUCCUCCGAAAGGGAUCGCAAGGAUGCGCAGGAGAUAAUGGCCGCAAUGGCUGACUGGGAGGCUGACGCCUGCUCUGCCAAAUUUUGUGAUCAACAAGGCACCCCUAUCUUAGCUUACUUUGCCCGCCGUGCUAAGUCAAAUGCAUGCGUUUUUCCCAAGGCUCAGGACAAGCAAGCGCCGCUCUACCGCCCCAGCCCCCUGGCACCAUCUAAGGCGGGCGCGUUUGGGCCUUUUCUGUCUCAGCUGGGACGAUCGGAGCGCGAUAUUAGUACAGCUGAGGAAGCAGGUAUUGAAGUACAAUAUGACGGUAUCCCAUCUGAAAUAUUAGAAAAGGCUCUAUGGGCCACUCAGGCCCUCCACCAUUCGCUUCACCCUCACAAGGUCGAACGUGAUGGCCGCCAUGACCAGUCUGAUUUUCUAAUGCAGUACCAAAAGGGCCCCGACGCUACUCCCCAGGUUGUAGUACAGGAUUUUGUUCUGGAUAAUACAGUCUACGUGCUUUCUAAUGACCGCAUUGCCUCUGAGCGCUGCGGCGUGUCCCACUUAGUCCAUUGCUGGCCGGAGCAAGGGCAAAAACGCGCUGCCGCAUUUCACCCAUCUAGGGAUAUGAUUCGUACCGCCACAAGCCAUCAAGCUGUGGAAUGGUACUUUCAACAUACAGUUGAACUUGCUAUUGCGCUGGACGCCAUGUUCAAGGUAUCUUUCCCUGAUGAUUACGAGGUUUACGAGAAAGCCUUCAAAGCUGGGCGGUGGGUUCAAGCUGAUCCAGGCCCUUGGUUAGGCCGCGCCAUUGUCUGGAAGCUGCAGGUGCUUCCUCACAGGGAUGGGCUGGAUGCUGGCCCUACUGCUAUCUUCAAUCUUGGACGGUAUGAGGGAGGGGAGGCGUAUUUCACAGAUCUGAAACUGAAAUUCAAAUAUGGUCCAGGGGACGUCAUUAUCUUCUUAUCAGGAGAUUUGUACCAUGGGAUUGGCGAAUGGAAGCCACUUCAAGGCCUCGACUCUAACAAUAUCACGCCCGGCCGCGUUGGCAAUGUCUUUUUUUCACCCGCCAAAUCUGUUGAAUUUUUGAAGGACCGUGAGCAGGGGUGGUUCAAAUCCACCAUGGGCGGGCAACUCCCCAAGAGAUUGUAG